AGAAAUGCAGUGAUCUCACUGGAUCAUGUUGAUGUUCCAAGUGAUAUGUUGGUAUGGCCUGCAUUUCAUAAUGGUGUUGCUGCUGGAUUAAGAAUUAUUCCUGGAAUAUCACAGGUAGAAUAUACAUCUCAGUGAUAAUAAAGCUAUCCAUUAUAGAUAGAAUCAUAGUGUAAUCGGUUUUCUCUUAACAUGGGUCAAGAAGAUAUGAGCCUUUAUUGGAAAUCUGGAAAGAACAGUUUAGAACUGGUAGAGCAGUCCAGUAUAAAUAAAGUUUGUUUAGUGUAGAUUUCCUCCUGUAGUAACACUGGAUAAAUAAGAUAUGAUCCUUACUGGACCUCCAUAGAGAACUGUCCAGUAUAAGUAAAAUUUAAGUUUCCUCCUGUAGUAACACUGAAGCAAUAAAGCAUGACACUUACUGUACCUAUUAGCGAUAACAGUUUAGAACUGAUAGAGCUAUCCAGGAUAAAUGCAUGAUGUCAGCUUAGUUUAAUGCAGGUUUCUCUCUUUGUUAACACUGGAGUGAUAAUAGAUGACCGUUAGGCGUAAAAAAAAUGCCUGUGGUUCCGGUUUCAUAUCGUGAAAAAAUUAGGGUCGGUAGGUCGGAAAUAAUUUUUUUUUGAAUAUUUUUUCAUGGUUUUGGCGGUUUUUUGCUGGGCGAUUUGCAGUAGAGUCCCAACAUCAAUAUUAACUAGAGAUGCGUAUUUCCUAUGGACGAAUUUAGGCAAUUUGGUUCAAUAAUUAGUGUGACAACAGACGCCAUUUUGGCACGCUGUAUCAGCAGCCCGCAACCACCUGGAGAAAAUAGGGUCGCACGGUCAAUCGCGUUGAAAAAAUAAUAGGGUCGGCAGAAAAAAGUAGGGUCGGUCGGGAACCGGAACCAUAGGUAUUUUUUUUUACGCCUUACUGAACCAAUAUGGAGAACAGCCUAGAAAUGAUGGAGCUAUUCAGUAUAAAUAAAGAAAGUUUAGAUUAAAUUUCCUACUGUAGUAGCACUAGAUCAGUAAGGCUAGUUCUCUAGCUAUAGAGAGAACAGUUUAGAACCGAUAGAGCUAUCCAUGCAGUAUAAAUAAAUUUUGUCUCUUCAAUGAUGACAUUUUCUUUCACCAGAUCGACAGUACAUGGAUAGUGUACCAGCGACCAAAAGAUAAUCAACUGACAAAUGAACACGCAGGAUUUUUGAUGGCUCUCGGUUUAACUGGUCAUUUGUCAAAUCUCGCCAUAAUGAAUGUCCAUAAUUAUCUGUCAAAGGUAUUUGAAUUCCACUACUUUAGUUUAAGUAAAUGAAUACAAUCCCCGAACAAAUUACAUUCACGAUCCAAAGUUUCGACACUCCAGUCUGGUGUCUUCAUGCAACCAGGUAUAAUAUCAGACAUGUUUCUCUACUCUGGUUUAAAUGAUUGCAAUCCCUGAACAAAUUACAUUCACGAUCCAACGUUUCAACACUCCAGUCUAGUGUCUUCAUGAGUUCAUGCAACCAGGUAUAAUAUCAGACAUGUUUCUCUACUCUGGUUUAAAUGAUUGCAAUCCCUGAACAAAUUACGAUCCACGAUCCAACGUUUCAACACUCCAGUCUAGUGUCUUCAUGCAACCAGAUAUAAUAUCAGACAUGUUUUGCUACUCUGGUUUAAUGAUUGCAAUCCCCGAACAAAUUUACAUUCACGAUCCAACGUUUCAACACUCCAGUCUAGUGUCUUCAUGCAACCAGAUAUAAUAUCAGACAUGUUUCUCUGCUCUGGUUUAAGUAAAUGAAUGUAAUCCUUAAACAAAUUACAUUCACGAUCCAACGUUUCAACACUCCAACUAAAUUUUACGUUAUGACAUUGCGGAUUACAUUCAUUUAUAAUUAUAUUUUUGGUUAAACAUUUUUUAUAGGGUCAUGAAUUAACAAGUGUUGGGUUGUUAAUUGGUUUGGCCGCAACCAAGUGAGUAUCUGUGAUUCUGUGUUGCUUUGAUGUCGAAUUAUAUUAUACCUUUUGUCUUUUCACUCGGCUUUCUUGAGAUUGGGGUUGAUCCUUGCAGUUUUCUGAUUGAAAUUUCACCUCGCGGUCACGUGAAUGAAAGGUGUAUCCAGUUUAACUUUACCAAAUACUGCAGGAUUUUUCCUUAGAACUGUCCAGUAUAGUAAAGUUAGUUUAAUCUAGGUUUCCUCCUGAAGUAACAGUGGACCAAUAAAGCGUGGACUUCAGUGAACCUCUACGAAGAACAGUUUUAAAUUGAUAGAGCUAUCUAGCAUAAAUAAAGUUAGUUUAGUUUAGGUUUCCUCCUGUAGUAACACUGGGCCAAUAAGAGAUGACCCUUACUGGACCUGUAGCAAGAAUUGUUUAGAAUUGAUAGAGCUAUCCAGUAUAAAUAAGGUUAGCUUAGUUUAUGUCCCCUAGAUUAACGUUGAUCUAUAUUUUCGAUGUUUAGACGAGGAAGCAUGGAUGCAUCAAUCACCAAGAUGUUAAGUAUACAUAUCGACGCAUUGUUACCGCCAACAUCAGCUGAAAUUGACGUUCCAGUUAGUGUUAUGAGUGCAGCGGUGGUCGGGAUUGGAUUGGUGUAUCAAGGCACAGCACAUCGUUUGAUGACAGAAGUAAUGCUAUCAGAGAUAGGUUAGUGCAAUCUGAAUUCCUGGCUGAGUCUACAACACCAAAGUGGCGUAAUCAGAGAGUGCGAUAAUUCGAGAUUUUUGGUCGUACCUGACUGGUACGCUAUUGACUAUUGCCGGGCACUUAAGCUGGUGUACUUACUCGUUGAAAUGAUGUACAUAAAGUACAGGUUUCUGAAAGGUAUUCACUCAGUAACCUGAAACUACGAGUUAGAACGAGAAGGACGACAAUUACACAAACACUAGAAUUGGCCUUAGUCCCAUCAGUCCAGUCAUGUCUCAUGCCAAAGCAUGUCAGACGUACCUAUAUACCGUUACGUACACAGUUUCUUAUUUCUAGGCCGUCCUCCAGGUCCAGAAAUGGAGAAUGCUCUAAACAGGGAAUGUUACUCCUUAUCUGCUGGCUUAGCUUUGGGACUUAUCAUGUUGGAGGUAGGCCUAUUGUAUUUCUUUAAUUACAUCAUUAUAUAUUCGGCUGUAUACUGCCUGAAACGUCGAAAGCUUUUCCUGUUUCGUGUGUUAUCACUAGAACUGAUAGAGUUAUUCAGUAUUAAUAAAGUCAGUUUAGUUUAGGUUUCCUCCUGCAUGUAGUAACACUGGAGCAAUAAAGGAUGGCCCUUACUGGACCUCUAGGAAGAACAGUUUAGAACUGAUACAGCUAUCCAAUAUAUAUAAAUAAAGUUAGUUUAGUUUAGGGUUCCUAGGGAGAACAGUUUAUAACUGAUACAGCUAUCCAAUAUAUAUGAAUAAAGUUAAUUUAGUUUAGGUUUCCUAGGGAGAACAGUUUAGAGCUGAUAGAACCGUCUUCAGAUCAUAUCUUGUAGUCUUUUUGUUCUUCGGGGAAAGAAUUUUCUGCAAAAUUCUAUCGAAAUUUUUGCAAAACAAAAGUUUUCCGCCAUCUUUUUUCUCAACCGUGGACCGUUACGUAAUGGUCCUUGGUUGAGUAGCCAAUCAGAAUGCUGGAUUUGUCCUUGGUGAGUGUAUCCUAUAAUAAGGGAUGACCUUAACGGAUGAAACAGUUUGGAACUGAUAGAGCUAUCCAACAUAAAGAAAGUAUGGUUUAGGUUUGCUCUUGUAGUAACAUGCAUGCGCACUGUACCAAUAAGUGCUUAUCAUUACGGGACCUUUAUAGGAAGAGCAGUUCAGAACUGAUAGAGCUAUCCAGUAGAAAUAAAAUUAGUUUAGUUUGAUUGCAAUGUGUGAAAAAUGCAUUUCUUUAUUUUCGAUGUUUAGCAUGGUCAUGGUACUGUCGGUGUUUCAGACUUGAAUAUUUCAGAUCACCUCUAUCACUACAUGGUUGGUGGACAUAAGAAACCACAGGUAGCUAUAUGUUGCCUUACGAAAUAGGUUAUUAUAUAUCUUAUCCCAUGUAUGUCAUAUUUGGGCAAUUCCACAUGAGAGCUGAGAAAAACCCAAAAACGUCCAUAAAACUAAAAGACCAGGAAACUUCCAUAAAAGCUAAAAAUUAUAUGGAGUACAUACUUUCUGUUUUUAUUGAAAUGCUGAUUUUGAACUGUUCUAAGAAACCAGGACAAGAUGACGGAAAUUGAAGGAGCUAUUGGACGUCAGUUCCAGUCCCUUUCUAUUGUUUUUGUCUGCGCGGUUAACACGAAACUGGCUUCACUUUUUACACUCCAGUUCUCGCUCCAGAGAUAUAAUGGAGCUCAGUGGUUAAUUUACUUCUAAGUGACCAAGUAACAAUUCAAAAUUGUUUCGAAUAUUUUUAUUUCAUUCUAAAUUUAAAAUAGCAACCACAAACGAAUUUUUGGCUCAUAUUGAUCAAGUUAAAAAAGUGCUUGACCCUAUGGCUCAUUGCUUUAGAUCAAAAUAUUUCCAGAAUCAAGCAAAAUGUUUAAAAGCUGUAAAAACUCUAUUUAUUAUUUUAAAAUUUCUUUCAAAUGAAAUUAACUUUUUAUUGCCAAUGUACUUUAAUGAAGGAUGUAUAUAUAAAUUACCAUUUCGAAAAUUUUCGAUCGAGAGAAGAAGAUUGUAUUUUUGUAUAUAAAUUUGUAUUUUUUUGCAGACUGGUGCACAAAGUGAGAAAUUCAAAUCUCCAAGCUAUUUGAUCAAAGUACGUAAAAGUAUUCAUGUCGCCGAAUAGUUUUGCCAACGUUAUUUUUAAUUUCAUUCUUUUAAAACUACCGAAUCUGUGUGUAAUUAGUAAAAUUCUCUUUUUUAGGAGGGAGAUAAUGUGGAUAUUAAUGUAACAGCACCUGGAGCGAUACUCGCCUUGGGACUCAUUUAUUUGAAAAGCAACAACGAGUAUGUUUGGCUGUUUUCAUUUCUAUUGUACUAUAGACAUUCAUUCACUGUUUCAUAUUUUGAAAGACCUACAAAAGUCGGGUACCAAAUAUCACAAGCAUUGUUUAUGGCAAGCAUGCAAUCACACCCAUAAAACGUAAUUGUCAUAUUAAAUAAUGACUAUUAUUAAAUAAAACUUAAGCUAAAGUUAGCAACAUAGCAAGCAAUAUAUAUGAUUCUGUACAAUGUAUGUCAAUGAUGCCACAACAUAUAUUUUAUACAAUCUGUUUUGUUCAGUGUAGGAUUCCUUACAGCUCUACUGAUAAAAUAUUUGAAACAAUCAGAAUUGAUAGUUAUAACUGUACAUUAAACAACAACGCUAAUCGACAUGAUUAAUUGAUUAUCUUAGAAAAAUUAUCUAAUGCCAGUCAAGUGGCACAAUUUGGAACUCUUUUUUCAUUUCAUCAAGUGAGCCAUGUUCUGAAAGAUUCGCAUAACUUAGAGCCUUAAACGGACACCGAGAUCCCUUUGGCAAAUGAUGAAAAUGUCGUACCGAAGAGAAAUGUUUUUCUUGGCAAAAAGUUUGCUUAUCCAACCAUUAAAAAGUGAAACAAAUUUUUCAAAAAUAAAUACUCACCCCUGGCCAAAAACUUUACAAAAGGAUACCAUUAGGUUAUCACACCUUUACCAUUUCUGUGACAUGCUCGUGCAAUUUUAUGCAGUCUAAAGUUUCAUAUUGCCUUCACAUGUACUUUCUUUGGAGACACCAUUUACCUCCUGACAAAUUGGAAAAUGAUCAAGAUAGUGACUCUGAUUGAUUUAAUAUUGUAUUGACAUAUGACUGUUGAUAUUGCUUUUUAGUCUUCAAUAUUUGAGUGGGACACAAUAAAUUUUUAUUUAUCCAACCUUUUACUCACUUAAAAUUUUGUUUACACAACCUCAAAAUUUCGUUGCCACCCCCCCCCCUCAAUAAAUAAUUAUCGGUCCCUAAGUUCAUGUGAAGGGAAAUACUUAUUAUCUUACUAAAACUUGUUUAAGAAUUGUUGCAUCGUGGCUGUCCGCUCCAGAAACGCCUGUACUGGCUGAAUUUGUGAGACCUGGUUUCUUAAUGUUGAAAGUAAGUCGCUGUUACAAAGGACGAUACUACAUUUUCAGAUUAAUUCUAUAAUGAGCAAAUAUUUUGUAGCUUUUGUCAAGAGGUUUAAUCAUGUGGAGCAAAGUUCUUCCAUCGAAAGCCUGGGUUGAAUCUCAUAUACCCAAGGUUAGUCGAUAUACGUCUCCAUAUAUUCUACAAGCCGGGUUGUCACUCACAAGUUGUUGACAAAUUGUUGAAUUGCAGGACGAUAACAAAGUUGUUGGAACAACUUGUAACUAGUUUGUUGAGCUCAACAACCUUGUAGUCCUGAAAUUUAUCCUAUUUUUUCUUGUUCAGAUAUUUCAGGAUUACGCCUUCAAAGAGAAUUCGGAAGAUCUGAAUGACAAUGUUGAUAUUGAUUUUGAGACUGUCAGGUAACUUUAAUACUUCUUAUAGUGCUUGCAUUUUCUCACUACGAGACAAUGUUUCCUGGUUUGCCCACCUUUGGGAAACAUGAUUAGGAAACAAUGUUUCCUGGUUUGUCCACCUUUGGGAAACAUGGUUCAGGAAUAAUGUUUCUUGGUUUGCCCACCUUUGAAAAAACGUGGCUAGGAAACAAUGUUUCCUGGUUUGCCCAUGCAUCUUCGUGAAGCAUGACUAGGAAACGAUGUUUCCUCGUUUGCCAACCUGUUGUAAAUAUGGCUAGGAAACAAUGUUUUCACAACAAUUAAUGUUUUUAGUUUUCUUAUAGGAAAUUAUUUAGAAACUCAAUCGCGCAAAUUAUACUUUCUCUUUUAUCCUGUUUCAUUUUAGUCAAACGUACGUCAGUAUUAUUGCUGGAUGUUGUCUUGCCAUGGCCAUAAAAUUUGCCGGCUCUUUCAACCAAGAAGCUUUUAAAACACUUGUAUGUUUAAAGUUUUUUUCUCAUUCUCCAUAUUGGACAGUCUAAUGUAAAAUAUACUUUUAUGGACAGCUACGAUGUGAAGGAUAUACAACUACUUGAAAAAUACCGGGUGUCCCCCCAAAAAACUGGUCACUGUUUGAUUUCAUGUAACGUAAAAACUAUAAAAGCUAUCGCAAUGACAUAAAGAUCAUUGCAUUCAGAAAGGACUAUAUAACACCAGAGACGGAUUUUCGUUUGGGGGGUGGAUAAAUAUCUGGGGGGUGCUGCUGCUUGCUUUGGCCGGGGCAUGGUGGCAACACCCGGAAAGGCCAAGGAAAAAGUUUAACAAAAUUUGUUUUCUAGGCCUGCAUGGCGAGAUCUGAGACCAUAAUAUUGGUAAUUUUACAAAUUUAGUAGUAAGAAUAAUCAAAUAUGAAACUAUCAAAUCAAAAUAUAUAUAAUUUGCGGGGGUGCAAAAACUUUUGGGGGCGGUACCAAAUGCCUCUUGGGGGGUGCAAAUAAUUUCUGGGGUGUGCACCCUCCAGACAAUCCGUGCCUGUAAUAAUAACACUUGAAUUUACAUGCAAUAUUGUGCGAGAUACAACCAAAAUAAAAAUAUUUUUAUUUAACAAGUAUAAUAAUAUACAUGAAAAAUUUCUCAAUUCUGAUUGGCUAAGAGCCACGCAAUUUUUUCGAACUACAGUGCCAAAAAAUGAAACACAGUGCAAAUUUCAUUGACUAUCAGAUACAGCCAUUUCUAGCAGAAAAUAAUAGAAAAACCCGAACAUUUACCAAUGACAAGAAUGGCUGACGUUUUUAGUAGGAUUUUGAUCGUCUUUGAAAAACUCAGUCGUUCAUGUUUUUUUCCAAAUUGCACUCGAAACUAUACUAACCACAUCGGUAAUUAUAAGGUUGUUUUAAGCUAAUUUGGACAUCUUCAAAAACAGUAGUUCAACGUUCAAACAUCAAUAGUGCAGUCAAUGUUGCAUGUAAAUUCAAGUCCUAUUGUCAAAAUCUAAGUUAGUCCUUUCUGAAUGCAAUGAUCUUCAUUUCAUUGUUAUAGCUUUUAUAGCUUUUACGUUACAUGAAAUCAAACGGCGUCCAGUUGGGUUUUGGGGACACCCGGUAUAUAAAGAGAACUUGGACGUUCCGAGCGAAGGCCUUUCUUCGGGAUGUUAGUAAUCAAAAACUAACUUCUAACUAAUUUCUAACUUGGCUACUGCUGUAACUUUUCGAAGGGCCCUUCGCUCGAAACGUCGAGUUUUUGCUUAUAUUUUUCAGGUACACACGUAAAAACACACAAGUUGUAACAAACCUGCAGCAGACUUGUAGCAAUGCUGUUCCAACAACUUGUCAACAUGAUGUGUUCGCACUGCUUGUUCCCAGCUUGUUGACAAGUUGUCAACGGCUUGUUGACAACUUGCUACAAGGAUGUUGAGCUCAACAGACUUGUUACAAGUGUGAGUGACAUGCAACCUUGGUAUCGUCCUGCAAUUAAACAAUUUGUCAACAAGUUGUGAGUGACAACCUUGUAACAGUUUGAUAAAUAACAGCAUUAUUACAACUUGUUCACAAGCUUGCUACAAGCCUGUUGGGAACACAUCUUGUUGAGAAGUUGGGCGAUUUUAGUGUACACACGCAAAAAUCUCACAUCUUGUAGCCAACAAGCCGUGUUCGCACUGCUUGUCCCAAGUUGUGAACAAGUUUGGAACAAGCUGUUAGCAACUUGUAACAACGUUAUAUACAACCUUGUGCCGUCAACCUUGUAACAUUCUUGUUAUAUCAUGACUGUAUCAGACUUGUUAUAACAACCUUGUAACAAGUUUGAUAAUGCCAUUAGUUGUUAACAGCUUGCUCCAAAUUGUUACAACAACUAGGAACAAGCAGUGCGAACACAACUUGUCGACAGCCUGCGAACACAUUUGUAACAACUUGUUUGCAGACCUGUAACAACGUGUGUUAUCGUCCCCACCGUACACUGUCCACCAAAUAUACUUCUCUCUUAAUUUUCGUUUAUUGUAGUAUAUUUGUAUAAGCAGUUUUAAAAAUACUUCCUAUAUUUUUAAUUUCACACUCCUAUUUUAUUUUAGAUGCACUAUACAAAAUACUUUAAAGAUCUUCUUGAAAAACCUCAGGCUGAACAGGUUCGUAUGUUUAAUUUGACGUUAUAUAGGUUUGGAGAUAAACAACUGAUCUCAAAGCACUAACGUAUAUUCUUAGCCCAGGUUCAUCUUGUUCCAUUCUGAAACAUUUUUUCAAUCUUCUUUAAUUGCUUGAGCUACAAAGACCGUGCACGAUUUCUUUUUAAACUACGAUUUCUUCUUUAUGGAUUUCUUCUGCUCAGAAUCAAUUUUGUUCGUUAAAAAUAUCUAAUAGAAUAGGUUUCUCGCGAUGCUUAUCCUCUUUACAAAAGUUUUUUUCCAUUUAAAGUCUCGAUUUUAGAUUUUUUUGAAAAAAUUUGUUUAAAUAACAAUAUCACAUUCACCGCAGCCGCGCGAAAUUUCUUGCUACACGAGACUGGAACGAGCCAAAAUGCCCUUAUAAACUCGCCAUUUUGUGGAGACAAAAUUUUUACUGAGUCGAGAUAGGAGAUUAGGAGUACAUAAUUCUAUGUCUAUUGGUUCUAUAGCUAAGACCCAAACAAGCCGACCAAUCGACUGCAAAAUUUAAUAUUUCGCUCCAAUCUCGUUCCCAGUGCUUCACGGCUGUCUGAGGUUGAUUUCGUUUCAGAAAAUAAAAUUAUCGUGCAUUUAUUAUUUAAUUUUUUUUUCAGUGUGGCAGAGUAAUUUUGGAACAAUGUUUGAAUGCAAUCCUACUGGCACUUUCAGUGGUAUAUGUCAACUCUUUAUUUAUGAGUACAGAUUACUUUGUAUUUUAACGAUACGUUUCUCAAACGGCAAACAAACCUAAAAAGUAUGUUUAGUGCUUUAUCUGCAUGUAAAAUUAUGCUAAACUGAAGAGAUUUUAGAUGGUACGCCAAAGCGAAAAUGCUGUCUGAAGUUCAAUAAGUUUUGCUUAUAUUGCUGUAAAUAUGGUGUCACCUUUCAGCAUCAAUGAUAAUUGUAUAAUUGUAUUUAAAUUGACAAUAUUUAACUAUUAUUUUGUGUUUCUCAACCACCAGAUACAUUUAAAAAGGUUGCUAACUGUGUAAACUAUAAAAUAAAGUAAUUUUGAGAUCGAAGAACGCCAAAAAGAUUUUAGAUUAUGAACACUUUUCAUUGCAAACACGCGACAUUGAAAACAAUUGCCUCUUAAUGGACCAUUUGCAUUAUAGACUAAAUGUUGAUCUAAACAAGUCUAGACAAGAAAUUCAUCACAGCUUGAAAGAGCAUCACAAAAUAGUAAUAUUCCAAAGUUUCGUUGCGAAAUGUUGUAAAAUGCGGAUAAUAUAGCCUUGCGAAGUUUGCCGUUUUUCAGUCAUUUUGUAUUACGCACGGGGCAUCAAUUUCCCGUUUGUAAUACAAAAUGACUGAAAAUUGCAAACUUCGCAAGGCUAUAUUAUCCGCAUUUUACAACAUUUCGCAACGAAACUUUGGAAUAUUACUAAUUUUGUGAUGCUCUUUCAAGCUGUGAUGAAAUUUUUGUCUGGACCAAAAUUUAGUCUAUAAUGCAAAUGGUCCUCUUGUUUUCCAGGUGAUGGCCGGCAGUGGUAACCUAGAAGUUCUCAGAAUAGCUCGAGAGUUACACAAACGACAUUCAGCUGAGAUAACGUAUGGCAAUCACAUGGCAGUUCACAUGGCAAUAGGAUUUCUUUUCCUUAGCGCAGGAAGGUUAGUGGAUUUCUUCAUGUAAAUGCAACUAUAAUCUCGUGCAUGUGAGUGAAGAUUUGGUAAGAUCCUCCGGUUUCUCUCAUCUUAACCGUGCUUCGUGAUCAGACACAGGUCGAAUGACUACAUUCAGAUUCGCUCUACACUCGUAAAAAUCUCACAGCUUCUUGUUCCCAGUUGUGGAUUAGUCUGGAACAAGUUGUUAUCAUCUUGUAACAAGGUUGACGAGGCCAACAGACUCGCAACAAGUUGUUGCAACAAGUUGUUGCAACAAGUCGGAUAUCGUCUGCACAUAACAAGUUGUUAACAAGUUCAUGACAACAAGCUCGUAGCAACUUGUUACGAACAGCCUGUAUUAGUCUUGUUGGAGCAACUUGUAGCAAGUCUGUUACCGUCAUCAAUCUUGUAACAAAGUGAUAACAACUUGUUCCAGACUUGUCACAACAAAUAUUGGCUUGACAACAACCUUGUUACAGCUUGUUUGCUGAUCUGUAACAAACCUUCUACACACGUAAAAACGCACCAGUUGUUACAGGACUGCAAAUAAGUUGUUACAAAUCUGUUCACAGCUGUCGACAAGUUGUAUUCGCACUGCUUGUUCCUAGUUUUUGUAACAAGUUCUGAACAAGCUGUUAACAACUUGUAGCAAGCUUGAAGGCAUUAUCAGACUUAGUCUGAGACUAAGUCUUACACGGUCAUGAUAUAACAAGAUGUUACAAGGUUGACGACACAUGGUUGUAACAAUAUUGUUAUAUCACGACUGUGUCUGACUUGUUGGAACAACCUUGCAGCAAGUCUGAUACUAUCAACAAGGUUGUUACAAGUUGUUAAUAGCUUGUUCCAUACUUGUUCACAACUUUAGACAAGCAAUGCAAACACAACUUGUUGACGACUUGUUGUCGUUGUUGGCAGAUUUUCUGCAAGAUAUGAGAUUUUCACGUGGUCACAUUUGAACUGCGUUCUUCGCAAUCCAGCACUCAGCUGCAAGGGAAGAAGACGAGCAGCCCUACAUCUACUUUUUAUGAGAGUCUUAUCUUUAAAAUGGUUAAUAAAUAUUGUACAUUUUAGGAGUACUCUGUCAACAUCUGGUCCUGCAAUAGCGGCGUUAGUUUGUUCUUUGUUUCCACAGUUUCCUAUAACAAGCUCUGAUAACAGGUAAGCAAGAAACAAAUUUAAAAUGUUACUGGAUAGUUAUGUCAUUUCUAAACUGCUCUCUCUAGAUGUCCAGUAAGGGCAGUCUCAACCUGAAAAAAUUACUUUAUUUAUACUGGGUAGCUCCAUCAGUCUUAAACUCUCCUCCCUGUAGGUCUGGUAAAGACCGUCCCAAAAUAUAUAAGCGUUGCUACGGAGCUAUGCAGUAUAAAUAAAGUUAGUUUAGUUUAAUUUUUCUCCUGUGAAACUGAACCAAUAAAGGGGCGACUCUCGGAAGAACAGUUUUGAGCUGAUAGAGCUGUCCGGUAUAAAUAAAGUAAGGUUUCUUCCUGUAGUAACACUGAACGAGUAAAGAGUGACCCUUAUUGGACCUUUAGGAAGAACAGUUUUGAACUGAUAGAGCUAUCCAGUAUAAAUAAAGUUAGUUAAGGUUUCUUCUUGUGGUAACACUGGACCAAUAAAGGUUGGCUCUUAGCUGGACCUCUAGCGAGAACAGUUUAGAACUGAUAGAAUUAUCCAGUAUUAAAUAACGUCAUUUCGUAAUAGAUCAUUCAUAUUUUAGAUGUCAUUUGCAAGCUCUAAGGCAUCUUUACGUCUUGGCUGUGGAACCUCGCCUCAUUAUACCCAGAGAUGUCGACACUAAAGAAGCUUGUUAUGUUCCAGUUGAAAUAACUUUGAAGGUCGGUGCUCAACAUGUUUUAAACUUUUACUGUAGUAUGGAUUGGGCCCUUUGUAUCAUCCUCGUUCCCAAUCUCUUUCCUCUAUGCUCCUACCUCGCUGGAGAGCCUAGGAACGAGAUUGGGGACGGGAAAAGGUAAUUAAUUACCAAAAAAGGAAGUAUUUAGCAGAACAAAUUACCAAUUCCUGUGAAACUGAAAUCUUGCAUAAAUGGAAUAAAUGUUAUUUACUAUUGAGAAAAGAAACAUUUUAAAAAAUCCUAUCAAAAUGCAAGAACAAGUGUUGUUGUGACUGUUAUAGCCAUACUGUUUUAGUGCAUGCUGUCAUAUUGCGGAAUUUAAUUGACAUUAAUUUUCUCUGUGAAUGUGCCAAUUAAACAAUUUUUGUGAACGAUUAUUCUAUCAUUAGACCUUUAUAUAAGAAGUAAGUAUAUUUUGCACAAGAUCCACAUUACGAAAUGUAAUCUGUAAUUACCUUUUUGAGAGGGUAAUUUUCUAAUUGUAUUUUCUAAUUUAAUUGCUUUUGAAAAGAGAUAAUUGUAAUUGGAAAUUAAUUACCUUCUUAAUUCUUUUUUUCGCAGUUUAAUGUCGGAAGAAUACUUGACUGAGUCAAAUUCAUCUUUUUACUUAUGAGUUUUAUGAAAAUAUUCAAUUUCUGCAAUAGGAAACUCCGUACUAUUCUGAAACUGUGAUCAAUGAGGUGGCUCCUUGCUUGUUACCUGACGCUGAUUUGAUUAAACAAGUAGACAUUUGUGGACAACGUUAUUGGCCUAUUGUUCUCGACGGAGAAACUUUGGCUGAUGAACUCAGGUACAUGCGUAAACAUCUCAUACCUUGUCAACAAGACGUGUACGUACUGCUUGUUCUCAGUUGUUGACAAGUCUGAUUGUUAUCAUCUUGUAACAAGGUUGAUGAGACCAACAGACUCGCGACAAAUUGUUCCAAUCUGAUAUCGUCUGCACGUAACAGGCUGUUGACAAGUUGCAUGAUGACAAUAAAUUCGUUGUAACAGCCUGUAUUAGUCUUGUUGGAAAAACUUGUAGCAAGUCUAGCUGUUACCAUCAUCAACCUUGUAACAGGGUGAUACCAACUUGCUCCAGACUUGUCACAACAACUGGGACCAAGCAGUGCGAACACAUCCUGAUAUUGGCUUGAGUCGCUUGACAAUAACCUUGUUAUAACUUUUAUGCAGAUCUAUAAAAAUGCGCGGGUUUUUUUAACUCUGAAUUUAAAAAUUUAACUCGAGAGGUAUUCCACUCGAGUAAAUUUUUGUUACAUUUUGAGUUGACUUUGUUCGUGUAAGAAAUUAUGUUUCAAAUUUUCUUCUUAUGUUUACCUGAGGAUGAUGGUUCUGUAGUGAAAUGCCACGUUUCAUUGAUCUUUCGUCAACUUAAGGUUAAUUUUGUCGAAAGGCGGAACAGUUUUUGUCAAGAAGAGAAUUGGUCAACUUCCUUACAAACAAGAUCUCAAGGUAUUUCACAGGCUAGGAACGCUGUAAAGAGCAUGUCAGUGCGAUUAAUCCCAUAUUUAAAAGGAUUUAAAAGAAUAUGAAUUGUAUAAAUAUGAUUUUUAGGGAUAUCGCAAUUUACUGGCACGCACAUUUACAGAACAAGCCGAGAAGGUAGGCGUGCUGUUAAAACGUAAUUAUAUAUGAGGAGGAGGUAAAUUUGUUAGAAACUAAACACCCUUAAAAUACUCAUUAAAAAUUCAUAAACCUUGUGGCAAAUCAGGUCAGCCAUAAUAUGUCACGUGGAGUGACUUUAUAUCUGAUAAAACUCAUCUUCAUUAGUAUUCUUUAUAUAAUUGUUCAUCCUAAUUAGUAUGAUUAUAUCAUUGUUCAUCCUAAUUAGUAUGAUUAUAUAAUUGUUCAUCUUAAUUAGUAUUCUUUUGUAGUCGUAUUUUAAGUAGUAUUUAAAACACGAGAAGGAGUGUUUUAUCAUAUCUAAAACGCUCGGGUGCGCCUCGCGUUUCAAAUAUGAUAAAACACUCCUUCUCGUGUUUUAAAUACUACAUAAAGUGAAGUGAAGUGAAGUGCGGGUGUUCUACUCAUCCUUACUUGUGGCUGAGAGCCAAGCUGAAUUGCGAAGGAUGGAGCUCAACCUGAUCGAGUCGAUGGUUUUUUAAGAACGUCCCUUGCGGAGCACAGCUACGGUGAAAGGGUCAGUUUAGGGCAAAUUCCAGCCCACCCUGUCAGCAUUCCCUGUGGGAGGAAAUACCCUGAGAAAACCCACGACUUUUGGUAAAGCGUUGACAAACUCUUUUCAGGUUUGCUGAAUAAUUAGGCCAAACACCGUCACACUAGGCCUUUGUUUUCUUUGUCUUGGCCUUUUGUUUUCUUUGUUUUCUAAACGGCACUAAUGACGAUUUGGCCUAAUUAUUCAUCUAACUUAACAACCCUGUUUUCACAUGAGCAGGUAACGAGAAUCGAACCCACGAACUCAAGAGGUGAAAGGCAUGCACUUUGCUCUGACGAUUAAAAGAGCCUGUUAUAAAGCCCUAACUCCCACCUGAAAUCCAUAUGUUCUUGCAAAUGCAUAUGAAAAUCAUUGUGUGUUCAUACAAGAGAGCCCUGCUAGGUGAGAUAUCACCUCGUAUUAGGUGGGAUAAUAAUAAUAACACUUUAUUGAACGAAGAUUAACAGAUAAGGCUACCACUUGUUUCCAAUCUGGUACAUGCAUUAACUGAUAUACAUUACAAUCACACAAUAUUAAACCUAUGUGCCUAUCAACAAAUAUAUCUACUGGAAUUAAUUAAAACAUUAAAUUGGCUUUGCUAAACUAUAUAAACUGGGAUAAAAUCAUUCCAUAUGAACGCUUCCUACCUGGGAAGGUAGGAAGUACUACAAAACGAAUAUAAAAAUUCGAAUCAAAUCCAUGUAAUGGUCACAUAAAUUGGAUAAAACAAAACACGUUUUUUGUUUCGCAGGUGGAUAUUAUCCGUUCGUUUUCCAGUGAUCCUGAACUUAUUCAGUUCACAGAAUUAUUUUGUCAUAAUACCUCGAGCAACGAAAAGGUAACUAACUUAAUUUCAGUCAUAAUGUGCCGGUCUUGCUCUAUCAGUUUUAAGGUGUACUUCCCAGAGGUAGUGUAAGCAUCGUCCCUUAUUGGCCCAGUUGUUACUAUAGCUAAAAGAGAAAUUUUGCCUAUCAUUUUCCCAUACAAAUUACAAAUCCCAAGAGAAUUUUCAAUCUUAAAUUGAAUGCCAUGCCUUCCAUAAGGCAUAUUAUAUAAGCUGCAACUUUGCACUUAAACUAAUAUUGAGGUGCUCUGUUCAUUUCUGGGGUUCAUUUUGAGCUGCUCGCGUUUUAAGGAAGAUGGGAACACGUGUCCCAAUUGUUGCAACAGAGGUGAAAGACAUGUAUUAUUAACCACUGUGUCACCAAAAUCUGUUCCUAUUUCUUAUAGGAGAGAAGAUGCAGCGAGUUUCUUUCAUCAGUUCUCUUUAAAUGUGUUAGCCAAGAGACAACUUCUAUGAUUUAUACAUAUUUUGCCAUCGAGAAGGUUAGAUAAUUAUACUUUUUGUGCUCAAACUAAUGUAUUCAUGAUAUUUUCGAGCUCAACAAACUUGUGAGAACUAAGGUUUGCAUUUCAUCUUGUUAUAAAAUGUAUGUUGUUGCCGUUGUUAUUAUUGUUGUAAAUUAUUGUUGCUGAAAUUGUUAUUGUUACUGUCGUCGUCGUCGUUACUGUCGUCGUCGUCGUCGUUACUGUCGCCGUCGUCGUUACUGUCGUCGUCACCGUCGUCGUUACUGUCGUCGUCGUCGUCGUCGUCGUUACUGUCGUCGUCGUUACUGUCGUUGUCGUCGUUACUGUCGUCGUCAUCGUCGUCGUUACUGUCGUAGUCGUCGUCGUCGUCGUCGUUACUGUCGUCGUCGGUGUCGUUACUGUCGUCGUCGGUGUCGUUACUGUCGUCGGUGUCGUUACUGUCGUCGUCGGUGUCGUUACUGUCGUUGUCGGUGUCGUUACUGUCGUUGUCGUUGUUGUUGUUGUUGUCGCUGUCGUCGUCGUCGUUGUUGUUAAUAACAUGUGCUGUCUUUUUAGGCUCUGCAAAAUGUGGAAAAUCAGAGUGAUAUUCGGGCUUUAUGGGAGCUUCUAUUGGUGUUGACGUACUACGAGAGUUCGUUUGACCGAGUAAUGAAGAAAAAUUUGGAUAUGAAGGUAGACUAUAGUGUUAGUCUAUCUUAAAUAACAAGUAAAGCAUAAGCCAGGUUGAGGCAUAGAUUGCCCACAGAGAAGUAGCAGCGUCCAUAAAGCUCCUCUGGUUCAGGGAGUACACCUCAAUCAAACUUUUCAAAGAGUACACCGCAGUCCCACAAGUUCCAGGAGACGAAGGUCGUGCAGAGGUCCAUAGCCACAAACAAUGGCCAGUGUUAAAAAUUUGGCUGUUUGUCUCUGUUUAUUUAGCGAUCGAUCAGCUUGAAUUACACAGUGGAAAUAAAAACUCGUUUGGACGCCCAUUUCCAAAAGUAUCUUGACACAGGUAUUUACUUGAUUUAUUUGUAUUUGUUUAUUUACUUAUUCCUAAUUUGUUUACAAAUUUGUGUGCUCUUUCUUGGUAUUAUUAAAUGUUUAUUUCUUAAAAUUAUUUUAAGUUAUCCAGUCAUGCUAUAAAAGAUUUCUCACUGAGUUUUUUUUUCAAAAUUUGGAAACCAGGAAUUAACAAUUAUUGAAUAAGGUUGAGAUGAUAUCAAGCCAAAAGUUUGUGUUAUUAACCGAAGCCAAAGGCUGAGAUCUAUGACACAAACUUAGUGCUUGAUAAUUUUUCAUACCUUGCGAGAACCGAAUUAGAUAAUUGUUUAAUUUUAUUACUUAUUUAAAAGAUGAAACGAAAUAGUUCCUUUUCCCAUUUGUGGAAAAUCUUUCCUUUUUUUGUUUGAUAAGUAUAUUACAAUGUUUCAAAGCCUUUCGUGGCUGUUUUCAUUGAUAUUUCUUCUUUGUAUUUUGAAAGUUGCGAACACGGUCGAAGGCGGCGCCAUGUUGUUUUGGUCGUGUUUCCACAUUUCGUAUUCGUAUUUCCACAGCAUGACGUCAUAACGUUGAAUAUGAUUUUUUCAUAUCAACAUUACGACGUCACUCCGUUGAAUAUUAUGUCAAAACUCCAUAUUUAGUCAGCUAUUGAGUUGAUAUGACGAUUUCACUGAUGGCCAAUCGGAAACCAUGAACUUUUAAAUAAAUACCAAUGUCUUUUAUGUCAUCCGGCAAAUUGCUCCAUAAUUCAAAUUGUGCAAUGGAUGAAAUUUUAAGCAAAUCGAAUUUGCGAUCAUAUUUUGUUAAUAAAAUCAUUGAAAUGUUAGAUAUUUUAUAUCUGGAUGUAUAAUAAAAUAUUUGGCUCUCUGUUGUUUCAGGAGUUGGUGAGUUUCAGAAAUACAUGAAGGAUUCCGGAAGCGAUAUGAGUACAGAGUUGGCAUGUUACAUGGCGUAUCACGGCAUUCAUGAUACCAGGAAACUGCCAGUUGAAUUCACACAGGAAAAUGGUUAGUAUAUUUAUUAUUAGCAUGACAAAAUUACUGGAUGCUGAUUGGUU